CUGCGCUUGCGCAGUAAAGGCCGGCGCUUGGCCUGAUUUCCGGCGGCGGCUGAACGGAAGAUGGAAGAGGAUGAGGUCGCGGAGAGCUGGGAGGAUGCGGCCGAUAGCGGCGAAAUAGAUCGCCGGUUAGAGAAGAAACUGCGGAUCACACAGCGGGAGAGCAAAUCAAAGUCUCCACCCAAAGCGCCAGUGGUUAUUCAAGACGACUCUCUCCCGGCGGGUCCACCCCCACAAAUCAGGAUCCUGAAGAGGCCUACAAGCAACGGAUUGUCAAGUAACCCCCAUGCCAGCAGCCGGCCGACGGUGCCUGUGAAAUCACUGGCACAGAGGGAGGCUGAGUACGCGGAGGCCAGGAAACGUAUCCUCGGCAGUGCCAGUCCAGAGGAGGAACCAGAGAAGCCAAUUGUAGAUAGACCUAUCCGAAUCAACCAGUCAGAGGACACCAGACCAUCUAAUAACGUGAUCCGGCAGCCGCUGGGUCCCGACGGUUCACAGGGUUUCAAACAACGCAGAUAGAUUUUUCUGGAGAAUGACACCAUGGGCUGCAUCGGCCUGUCACACCAAUGGACACGAGCAGAGGGAGUCGCCUCAUUUACUUGCACUUUGAUGACCUUUUGCUCCGCCCACUGUGACCUUAAACCCCGUGCACUGUGACCCCCCCCCCCUUCCGCCACCCCUGUAGCUCCGACCACUGUGAUUGGCGCAUCGCCACAUGCUUCCCCAGGUCUUAUCACAAGGGAGUGCGUGUGCUGUAGACGGGUGGGGAGGGAGCAGGCAGAGUUGGGGGCGCCCCGUGCCUGCAACUGCCACUUCUAUGGAAGUUACCGCCAGCAAUAAUGAUAUCUGUUAGUCCCGUCUCGAGGGGGGAAAAAGGUCUCAGGCCCACCUCCCCUUCUCAUGAGUUUCCUUUGAGUGCAUGUCUGCCUCCUCUCACCGCAGAGGAUCUUCUCCAUGAUGACUGAUUCCCCCCCCCCUGCUCUUCAGGUGUAGUGUGCAUGAGCGAGUUUUGUUAAAAACAAAAAAAACAAAAAAUUAUUUUAACAGAGAGAACUUCUAGUCUUGUAGAGCGCACAGAGCAGCCGCCAUCGCUGUAUGUUCUGCUAUCAGAUGCCUCAGGAACGUGCUGGUUUUGUCUGAGGACAGGUGGACAUGAGCUGCUGACGGUGGAUGUUAAAUGCUCAGGGCAUUAGCAUGGGCUAGGCCUGGAGCAGAGGAAGGGUUAAUGCCUGUGCUCUCCCUAGAGGACCAGGAAAUGUGGAAGGAGAGCAGAUUUUAAUUUUUUUUUUUCUUGCACGGUUUGGAGUUGUGAACCUGGCUGGUGCUGUUCCUCUCCCUAGUGAUGUCGGGGCGGAUGCAGAAGCCGAUGCGGGCGGAUGCUCAGAGGCUUACGUCUGUAUAACACAGGGCCGCCAUUAUAUAAGGACUUGCGCAGGUGACCUUGUCUCGAGGGGCUGGAGCCUUUCCUGGCAGCUAUUUGACAAUAGAAUGAAUUAGACCAACCUUGUAAGAUCCGGAUCAAAACCGUGCCCGAUAAAGCUAGACGUCUAUUUUAUCCAGUAUGUCACGUCAGUGUGCUGCCCGCUCCAGCUCUUUCGGGAGGCUGGAGGUAUGAAAUGUUCAUCCAGAUGGACAGUGCGGCACAGCGCACGCUGCAUUCUGUUGCCGAUCUGUGUAUAUUUUAGGGGCAUUUUUUUUUUUUUGUAAUAAUCAUGGGUUUUACGUGUAAUUAUCCCUUGACGGAGUUACCUGCAAUGCCAAAAUGUCCCCACUGGCCGCUGAGCAUCUUCUUUCUUCAGUCAGUGACCUACAAGGAAAAGAAGUCAAGGGGAAAAUACAAAGACUUUGGUGCCUUAUAUAAGAAGAAGCUACUGACACAUUCCCCCAUAGAUGCUAUUGUGAUUACAAACCUCAUACCAGUAUCUUACCCUAAAAUGGACCCUCCGCCUGUAAAUGGUGCAGCCGCCAUAUUUUAGGGAAUGAUGUCGUUCACUGGUUAAUAUUAUCGGUUACUGGACAUUGUCCACAGCUGAUCCAUGCAGGGGGACAGGUCCAUUAUUUUUUUUUAUUUUUUUUAAAAAUAAAUUGCAGUUUUUCUACACAA